GUGGGAGAAAUGUUGUACACAUAUAUAGGCUAGUAAAUAAAGGUAAACGGGGGCGGUGGCUCAGACAAUCCGCCAUUAUAAUCAUCAAUACCAACACAGUACGAGUACCACGCCACUUUAUCCAAUCUCUGUUGACUCCCCUCUUAUCCUCUUCCAAAAAAAAAAAAAUAUAUAACCAUCUCCACAACUAAAAUAACCACCACCACUACUACCAUCAUCUUAUUCUCCUCUCGAUGUGAUCUAUCCGCGCUUGAUUCUCUCUCUUCUCUCCACUUCUAUACUCACCUUCCUAGAUGGACUUUUAGUUAUUAUACCGUAAACGUCGUAUUCUAUCGCCUUGCGCCUUUAUUAUUUUUUUUUUUCACACUAACAUUUGCCAUGUCCUAGCUAACGGUAGUUACACCACCAUCAACGCAUUGUCGCGUUUUUUGUUAUUUAUAUUAUUCGUUUUUUUUUUUUUUUAAAUAUUUAUUAACUUAAUUUAAUACAAAUUAGUUUUAAUUGUUUUUUUUUUUUUUUUUCAUUAUUUUUUUUUUUAUUUUUUCGUUGAAUCCCUCCCAGCCACCCUAUUUUUUACGGUUGUUUAUUGUAUUUUUUUUUUCAAAUUGAUUUAUUUUUAAACCUUUCCAUUUUCCGGUUUUUUGUUUUAUUAUUAUUUUUGACACAUGUGAAUAGUUGAAAAUUAAAUGGUGAUUAUUUUGUGAAGUGAUUUUUUAAUUAUUUUGUGUUUAUCUCUGUGUAUGUGUGUGACAAAAAGUGGGCUGAUUAAAAUUUGGUGUUAUAUUGUGCCUAUUUUUAUUGAAAAAAAAAAGAAAAGAAAAAUCCAAGUGUUUAGUAGACUUUUUUUAAAAAAAAAAUAUUUAACACUGUGAAUUAUUUACAAGAAAUAGUUUUUUAUUUUUUUCCGUUUAAAAAAUUUCAAGGUUUUUUUUGUGGUUAUUUAUUUGAAGAAAGAAGAUGCCUAUUUUGGAGGAUAAUAAAUACUUGAAAAAAAUAAUAUAUUGACUAAAAAAAAAUAAAAAGUUUUUAGACGCCACACACACACAUUCUCUCUUUUUUUUUUUUUCUCUCAUGGAAAAAAAAAAGAAAAAAAAUUUAUAUAUAUUGCCCCACCUUCUGCCUUACCGACACACGUACACGGAUAAAUAUAGUCAACAUAUAUAUAUGUGAAUUAAAAUUUGCAAACAACAACAACAACAACAACAACAAAUAUAUAUAAAUAAAAAGGAUUACAAGAAGAAAAACAAAUAAAAAAAAAGUAAAACUGUGAAAAAUAGAGAAAAAAAAACCAAAGAAAUUUAUUAAUUUUUAAAAACACUAAUAUUGUUAAUUAAUAAAAUUAACAUUUGAUAAAAUCAUCACAAAUUAAUAACAAUAAUAAUGAUAAUAAAUAAAAUAAAUUUUUUUUCUAAAUAAAUAUUAAUUAAUAAAAUACUGGAGUAUAAAAAAAAGUUGCUGGCGCAAGAGAAACAUGAAUAAUUAUUUUAUUUGAAAUAUAUAUAUUAAUUGUUGAUUAUUAAUUGAUAAAUACUUGAGAAGUAUUUAAUAUGAGCAUGACUCUUGUGCGAAACUCUUUUAAAGGGUGUAGUGAGGACGAAAUAAGCGUCGAAAUAACAGACAUUGCUAGUAGUACUGGUGAAGGUGGAUCAAAAAAACACGAAGAAAGGUGCCCUCAGUGUGGUAUUAUUUGUCGUAAUAUUCAUCAUCUUCAAUUACAUCUUGAAGAUAUUCACAAAACAUCAUUUUCAAUUGAUAAACACGAUUUGAGUGGACAAUUUUCACAAGUUUCUUGCAAAGUUUGUAGUAAAACAUUUGCAAACGUUUAUCGUUUGCAAAGACACAUGAUUAGCCACGAUGAAAGUGCAGUCCUACGAAAAUUUAAAUGUCCACAUUGCGAGAAAGCAUUUAAAUUUAAACAUCACCUAAAAGAACACUUGCGUAUUCACAGUGGAGAAAAACCAUUUCAAUGUAACAAUUGUGGUAAACGUUUUUCUCAUUCUGGCUCAUACUCAAGUCACAUGACAUCGAAAAAGUGCCUAAUACCAAAUUUAAAAAAACCUCGUCAAACAAAUAAUUCAAUAACACCAUUAACAAAUGAACAACGUAAUCCAAAAAAAUUACAACACUUAAAUAAUCAACAACAAUCACAAUCAACUGAUAUUAUUAAUGCAUCAAAUAAUAACAACAAUAAUAACACAUUUUUACCAAUGUUACAAAAAUUAUUACCAUCUGAUUAUCAAGAUCAACAUGAUAGAACUAGAAUAUAUGAUAUACCAACAUUAUUACCAGGUGUUGAAGAAUUAAGACAGUAUUUUUAUCAAUCAUCAUUGCAAUCUUCAAUUGGUGAUUUGCUCAAUAAUUUACACAAUAAAAGAUUAGUUGAUGUUACUGAACAAUUUGAAUCACCACGUGAAACAAUGAGUCCAUCAACAGCUGAUUCAGAAGAUACUGAAUUAAAUGAUGAUAAAUAUUUAACUGAACAAAAUGAUACACAAGGUCUUGAUGCUGUACGUAGAAUAUUAGAAACAGUUAAUACAACUGUUACAAAACAAUUACUUGAAGCAAAUGUUAGAAAAUUAACAUCAUCACCAGUUAUAAUAAAACGUGAAUAUGAUGAAGAUUAUAAUGAUCAAGACAGUGAAAUGUCUGGUGAAACAAUGAAUUUUAAUGAUUGGCAAUCAGUUGGUGAACAAUAUGAUUCACAAAGUGAAGGUUUAGCAGCAAAAUUAGAAGAUGCUAAUCAAACUGAAAGUAAUAAUAGAAAAAGGAAAUCUGAUUAUAUUACUGUUGAUAGUUCAAUUGAGGCUGAUUCAGAUGAUGAUGAUGUUAGAAUACAAAAUGGUGAUACUGGUAGACGUGUUAGAGCUAGAUCACUUAUUGAUGAUGAACAAUUAGCUGUAUUAAGAGGUUAUUAUAAUCUUAAUCAACGUCCUAAAAAAGAAGAAAUUGUAAUGAUUGCUAAUUUUAUUAAAUUUCCAACACGUGUUGUACAAGUUUGGUUUCAAAAUUCAAGAGCAAGAGAUAGAAGAGAAUCUAAAAUGCCUGGUCUUGUACCAAUAUCAAGUAUUGGUAAUCAUCAUCAUCAACAACAUAUUCAACAUCAUCAACAACAACCACAACCACAACCACAACAACAGCAACAACAACAAAAUUUGCCUCUUGAACAGCCAUUGGAUUUAUCAAAAAAAGAUUUUCCAGCUAUAAAAAAAGAAAGUGAUACUUCAUUUAGAACGACAUUGUCACCCAUUGAAAAUGUACCUCAAGAAAAUGAUGACACUGAAGAAGCACCACUUGUUAUUGAUGAGGAAACUAAUGAAUCUAGAGAUAAUAAAAAAAAUGCUACAACAGUAAUUGCUAAUCCUGUUACUGUUAUUAAGAGUCCAUCGAGAGUUCAACAGAAGAGUGAACGUGAAAGUGUUCUUGCGACAAAUGAAACACUACAAAUUACUGAAAAUGAACAAGAGGGUAAUUAUGUUUGUAAUCUAUGUGAUAAAACAUUUUCAAAACAAAGCUCACUUGCUAGACACAAGUAUGAACAUUCCGGUCAAAGACCAUACAAAUGCGAAGAAUGUCCUCGUGCAUUUAAACACAAGCAUCAUUUAACUGAACAUAAACGUCUACAUACUGGAGAAAAACCAUUUCAAUGCAUUAAAUGUCUUAAACGUUUUUCACACUCUGGCUCUUACAGCCAACACAUGAAUCAUCGUUAUUCAUACUGUAAACCCUACAGAGAAUAGUUUAAAAUAUGAUAAUAAUAAUUUUAUUUUUUCUCAUCCUCUGAAAGUCCAUGGUUCAGUUUUGAAAAGUGACAAAUUUCCAAAGUACGUAUAUAUAAAAUUUAAAAAACAAAAAUAAUAAACCCAAAAUUAAUUCAUUUAAUUUUUUUUAUAAAAUAAAUUAAAUUAAUUAGUUUGAUAUUUAAACGAAACAACAAACAUCACAAUUAAAUUGACUCUAUUGAGCCAUAAUAAUUUAUUUAUUUAAAUAUAUAUAAAUUUUUUUUUCAUUUGAAAAAAUAAGAGACAAAUAAUUACAAACCGAAUAAAAAAUUAAUAAAAAAAAAAAAAAACGUAACGGUACCAAAAAUGCAUAAUGCAAUAAUUUAUUAUAUAAAAAAAAAUAUAUAUAAUAUAACAUAAUAUUUGUUUAUUUUUAUUAAAGAAAAAAAAUAAAGAAAUAAGAUAAAAAUUAUAUAUACCAUGACAAUAAUAAGAACAAAAAAAAAUAAAUAAAUAAAACAACUAAUUAAUGUACAAAUUUGUUAGAGAAAAAAGAUAAUAUUCAUUCAUUAAUAUUAAUGAGUGAAGGGAUGAUGAUUAAUAAUUAAUUAUUGUGACUGAGAUUUUUAAAAAAACCCUCGUGUCAAACCUGAGGAUAUAUAAAUCAAAAAAAGAAAAUAAUAAUUGAAAAAUUUAGAUUAUUCGUAUUCAAUUAAAAUAAAUAUGUGAAUUGAUAAAUAAAAAAAUUGAUAUUUAAAAUAUAUAUAUAUUAUAUACAUAAAAUAUAUAUCUAUUAUAGCUGCAUUUUGAAGAAAAGAAAAAAAUAUAAAAAAAAAAAAAAACAUUUUGCCAAGAAGCUUUAUUCCAAGCUCAAUAACCAAGAUAAUAAUUAACAAAUAAUUAACCAGAGACAUUAUUUUAUUUUUUAAUCUAUUUUAUACUUAAUUUUUGUCAAAAAAAAAAAAAAAAAUUAACAUAAAAAAAAAAAUAUUAAAAGUAUACACUUGCAAUUGUUAUUCGACACACAUUCCUGAAUUUUAUUAUUUUGAAAAUGAAAAUUAUUUUCAAAUUAAUAUUGGUUAAAAUUUGUCUUUAUAAAAAUUUUUAAAAAAUAACAAAUUAAAAGUGUAAUGAUUAUAAUUAAUUAAUAAAACUGACAGGGCCUCAUUUGAUUGGUGAAUUACUGCGAUAAUUAUAUUUUUAUUAAUAAACGUACUUACGGGUGCUAUAAUGGUCCAGAAAAUAUUUAUUUAUUUUUAUUUUUCAUUUUUUUCUUUUACAACAUUGUCACAUUCCGUACAAGCAUG